AACUUCCUCUCGGUGGUGACAGAGCAACAUAGUGAGAGGCUGAACAUCGCUGUAAGGAAUCAUGGAUUACAGUGAUUUUAAUUUCAUAUAUCCUGAUGGUAAUUUCACAUAUCCUGAUGGUAAUUUCACAUAUCCUGACAUUAUUGAGCCUGUGACUCCUGAGAUUCUGCCGAUCCAGAUAGUGGCCCUGGUCAUGUACAGCCUUGUGGUCCUGCUGGGUGUGCCUGGAAAUGCUCUGGUGGUGUGGGUGACGGGGUUCUGCAUGUCCCACUCUGUCACCUCCCUCUGGUUCCUCAACCUCGCUCUGGCUGAUCUUCUGUGCUGCCUCUCCAUCCCCUUGCUUAUGGUCCCUCUGGUCCACGACGACCACUGGCACUUUGGUCCGCUGGCCUGCAUGCUCAUCAGAGGCCUGUUUUACCUGGUGAUGUACUGCAGCAUCCUGCAACUGAUUGUGAUCAGCGUGGAUCGUUUGUUGCUGGUCAUCAGACCCAUCUGGUGUCAGAACCACAGGCGACCCAAACAGGGUGCUUAUGGAUGUGUUGCUGUGUGGGUCCUGGCCCUGAUAGGCAGUAUCCCACAGUUUGUGUACGCCAAGGAGAUUGAGGCAGGUGACGAGAAGAGAGAGUGUAGGAUGGAGUACACUGUAGACAGUGCCUGGUCUGUUUUUGCUUUUCGCUUCUUGAUUGGAUUCAUUAUUCCUUUCCUGGUUAUUCUAGUUUGUCACUUGGUGGUUUUCAGCAACACACAGAGGAGAAUGACACGUAGUCGGACUGGAUCCAAAAAAACACUGAGGGUCGUCAUCUCUGUGGUGCUGAGCUUCUUCUUGUGCUGGAUACCUCUGCACAUCGUGGAUUUCCUCAUACUGACCACCCCUCGGGGUACUUAUGUGAGUCCCAAACUUCACGUGGCACACGUUAUAGCGCUCUGCCUGGCUUACUUCAACAGCUGCCUCAACCCUCUGCUCUAUGUGUGUCUGGGUCAAAGCUUCAAAGACAGCAUGAACCGCUCCCUGCGUAACAUCCUCCACUUCAUGGGCGAGGAUUCAACCACCAAGAAGAGCGUUACUAAUGUGGAGACCAAGAGCACCAGCAGUGGCAAAGAAAUGACAAAAAUAUAACUUUCUUGCAUAUGGAGGACUGCUGUAACAUAAACAUUUCUGUCAUGAAGUUUAGCAAAAGACUUUGGCUUUGAUUUAAGUCUGUGAACACAAAUACACAAAAGUGCAUUCAUUUUUACGAGUUAAGAAAAAUUUUUUCCAGUGAAUUUGGGUGGUAAGUCAAGUCAAUUGUCAAGAUUUCAAAAGCAGAACUGAUAGUUACACUGUAAGGUUUCUGUAAAAAUCCAUGUCUUACGCAACAAAACUCAUGAAAGUUCUAUUUUUGGCUCUCACAGAAGAAUUACUUCAGAGCAUCAUGUAUAUGAUGUAUUUUCUGACUUUUUGUCAUGUUUUAGUGUAGUUUGGUAGCAGAAAUAAAAUACAUAGAGAUUUGAUUGCUUUUUCGCAGUGAUUAUAGAAAGAUGCUGAUUACAACUUCUUGUAUACAUGCUGUUUUCAUAGACCACAAGAGGGAGACACACUCUAAAUGGCUGCACACUUUGCUGUAGAACUCUUUGAAAAUAAAUCAAAACUGUUAAUACCAGUUAUAACUGCUAUUAACAGUUAUGAUUUUCAGUUAUCUCUUUUAAGCCCCAGUAUGUUUCAGACCCAUAGAUCCUGCGUAGGUGCUUAGAUUCUAUUAAUAGCUGGAUGGUCGACAACUCUCCCCAAAUUAAUGAAGAAAAAUCAUUAAGCUGGUUGUUUGUGCCCCUGACAGAUUUGCGUGUAAUGGAAAAUCUUGCUACAUUUUGCUAAAUCAGGAAUCUUGGAAUAGCUUUUGACUUUUGCUUUCACUUUGAAUGUUCAUCUCAAAUGUCUGCUUAAGAAACAUUGCCAAGUGAAGUCCCACGCUCUGAAUUAAAAUGUGUUUUUCAUGCA